AUGUCCACGGAAUUUGUGCCAAUCAGUCAAUCAUCCGGUGCAAUUGAUUUCACCAGUAUGAAGCAGCAGCAACAGCAAAAUUGGCAGCAACCCCAUACCUUUUUUUUUGCUUCCAAGCCGUCGGCAAUCGAUGUAUUUGUCCAUCAUAUGGGAGUUGUAAUAAAUGCGCGAACCGGUGAACUGACGCAAAUGCAAGCCGUUGUGCACGUUGACACAUUCAUUUUACCGCUCAGUUCUGUGACGCCAGCUGUUGGAAGCAGUCACCCGCCACUGCAAUCGGUGACACUCACUGGCGUCAUACUUCAAACACAGUCAUUUUUAUACUGCUAA